AUGAAUCUGGAUAAACUUCUGGAUUUAGGUCAAUUUGCAUUAGAUAUGAUCCCAGCCCCGGCUCCUCCCCCGAGGAAACAGCGGAGAGAGCGGACGACCUUCACUCGGGCACAACUUGAUGUGUUGGAAUCUCUCUUCAGCAAAACUCGUUAUCCAGAUAUUUUCAUGCGGGAAGAAGUGGCCCUCAAAAUCAACCUGCCGGAAUCUCGAGUUCAGGUGUGGUUCAAGAACCGGAGAGCCAAAUGCCGGCAACAGCAGCAGCAACAGAACGGCGGGAGCAGCAAGAGCAGGCCCAAGAAAGUGAAGAGUCCCCCGUCUUCGUCGACGCCCCCAUCGUCGCGAGGGGAGUCCCCAUACAAACCACCCUCUCUGCCGGCGCCGCACUCUUCGUCGACGCCGUCAUCCGGACCGCCGGUCUCGUCGAAUGCCAACUCCAGCAGCAUCUGGAGUCCGGCCACCAUCAGUCCGGUUGCGGCCGAGCUGAUGGGGGCCAACAGCUGCAUGCAGCGCUCCUACCAAAUGGCAGCCAACACUCCGCCGAGCUGUUACUCGCAGUCCUACGGUCCAACCUCCUACCACUACGGCAACAUGAACAUGGACUACUUGCCGCCACCGAUGCCCGUCACUACCAUGACCUCGCCGCAGAUGAGCGCCCCGGCUAUGACGGGCACCCAUAUGGGAGGACUGGCCUCGUCCCACCAGUCCCUCAGUUCCCGGACGCCCCCCAUUAACGGCAGCUUGCCCCCUCCAGGCAGCACCGAUUGCCUCGAGUACAGCAGUGACAAGUCUGCGGCCUGGAAGUUUCAGAUGCUCUGA